AUGUCGUCCCUCAAAGAUGUCCUCCACAAUUACAAGCAACGCAUCACCACUGCCAUCUCUUCAUCCCCGGCUGCAGACGGCUCGGCUCCGGCGCCCAAGACGGGGCGGACCGGAUGGCUGGAAACCAGCACCCACGACUCUAUCCUCUCAGAUUUCACCCACUUCCUUGAAAAGGGCAGCCCUAAAGGAGAUUCACCCAUCUUCAACAAGAAGGAACAAAAAACUCUGAAAAAAAUAUUCACUGCUCAUGCCAACUCAGACAAUUCCUGGAACCAACAAUCACUAGAGUCCUACCUCAUUACGCAGGUCCCUCAAGAUGGAGAAUUUAAGGCUCUCUUGACCGCAUCUUUGCCGUCUCUCUGGGCCUUGGCUACCUACUUCUCCCACUGGCCGUUUAACACCGCCGUAUCUACCCCAGUCACCAACUUAACAUUCCCGGCCUUCACGCGUGCCAUCGCCUUCCUCAGCGGGAGGCACUACCUGAUGUUUACCGCCUGGAGCCAUCAAGACAGGGACUUCAACCGCAAAACAGAUCAGCCAGUCCUGGAGUACAUCUUCCGAGCAUUGGCUACUCCCCGGCAGGCAGAGCAGAAAUCCAGCUCGCCCACAGAGAGGGAAGACGCCCAAGCAUUACUGCAACGCGACAUACUUGAUGUUUUGAGCGUAGCCCAGCCACUCAGAGACCGCAACACGAAGGCUCUCAGCCGCACUGAGCUGACGCCUGCAGCGGACAGGCUCUCCCCUCCCUCCCCGCCACAACUGUCCGAUAUCAGCAUCCCAACUACCAGCGUGCUCGUCCCGCUUCUCGAUCUCUCCAUAGCGCUCCUCCAGAAAACAAGCGAGUUCGAUGCAACUCCCUUCCCCAGAACACUCAAAGCAAAGCUCGAGACUGCUCGGACAGAGCUACAAAGGGAGGAAGAGGUGUCGAUCGACAACUACACAAGAUUGCUAGAUAGCGAGGAGUGGGCAGAGAAUCGCAACAGCGUCUACACCCUAUACGACGGCAUUGCCGUCCUUUUCAAUACAUUCCCCAACCCGGAGAGCUUGAAAACUGGCAAGACGGUCAACUGGAUUUCAGGAGAGGAGGAGCCCUUGUAUCUGGGUUCGUUGCGAAGUCUGGGGUCGACCUGGACAUAG